UGACAGUCAUUAUUCAGAGCGAAGUAUCACCAGACAGACAGGAGUGUGUUGGUACAUAUUAACGGUAUGGAUGAUUACGAAAUUGAUGGAGUAGGUGUCAGUGAAACUUCAACUACGGAGGUUGAAGUUGCUAAUGGUAACGAAGCGUGUCAUUACCCCGAAAAGGACACGACAGAUGGAUUAUGGUGUGUCUCACAUAGAAAACCGCUCGAUGAAGCAGAUACUGGGUACAUGAAUCCAAGGGAGCCUCGGAGUGCUGUAGACGAAGUCCCACGCCGUUCUGAACUUAGAUUGAAACAUGCACAACAGGAUACAAUGGAGGGGGACAAAUUAGGAGGAGCGCUCGUAACAUACAAACUAGAGCAAGGGGAAUACUUCCAUCACUUUGAAGAAUUUGGAUUAUUCGAGAAAUCGCUGUUAAGAGAUUCUCUUUACGUGAAACAAAACGAUCAGCUGGUUACACUCGAUGGCUGGACGGUGAACGAAAUGGAUCACAGCUCGGUCGUUACGCUGUUCCUUAACUUAGAGAUAGGAAAAGAACAUGUGAUGCUGGUAGCCAAUCAUCAAAUUUCUACUGAUUCUUUCCGGCAAAUUACAUUCUCAUUACAUGGUUUCAUAACAGAAGAACAUGAGGAUGAGGAAAAGCCAGAGGAAAUGCUUCGGAUAGAGAACUUUACACUAGCGGUUAUGCCAUUGAAUGAUAUCACAGACGAGGUGAACAUUUCUCUGGAGAAUGAGGAGCAUAUCUACCUGAAUAAAGACCUCCUCUUUGUCUCCACUAGGUCUGUUGAUACAGACAGGUCAGUUCGAUUCAUAAGAAAACGACGUCAAAAAUGGGUUGGCUCACACGUUCAAAUAACCUCAACAUUUAAACAAAAGGACGCUGGAUUUGUAGCGAUUGACGAAAAAGGAAAUGUGGCUAUGCUCCCUCAAUUUCAACAAAAUGCUGUUUUCAUAGCCAAGUACAAUAACUGGGGCAUAUGGUCUAUUAAGUCCAAAUAUUGCGGUCAUUUUCUUGCCGAGCAGAAUAGAAGACUUUGCUCUAUUCCUAAUGACCGGGAUGGCUAUUUCGUCAUCAAACCUUCUAACUGCAGAAAUUGUCUCUGAAUAUAUACUCCACGACACUGAAUGGAGGACUGGCUAUCGACGCACAACAACUUUUACAUAAACUGUUUUAUUGAUAAUUGUAUAUAUUACAUUGCUUAUGCAUAUGAUAUGGCAUAUGUUAGGGAUGACCAUUUCUACAUCAACAGUUUGUCGUUAUAGGACCAUAGCAGCAUUGGCGAAAAUAUUAAUUUCGUAAAAUGUUACCUAUCAAUGACCUAUCAAUGAACUUUUAGGUGAAGUACUAAAGAUUUUUUUAUAACAUUUAUAUUGCAAGUAUUUAUUAACUCCUGUAAUCGGUGUUCUGCUCGAAUUUCUUUUCGUUAUCGCAUCUGCAUGUAGUUUUUUAACUCAGUUUUGCAGUUUGUCACAUAUAAACUCCCAUUGAUGGGUUGAAUAUAAUGACAUGUUUUGUAGGACAAGAACAUAUUAAAAUACGGUUAUUUCGUGUGUAUGUUUACACGAAGGAAAUAGAGUCAGCAGAUUGCUCGCGGGAUAUCUACUUCAUAAAAACUAUUAAAUGUAAUGUUUAUCAGGUAUAAUUCCAACGUCAGAUAUAUACGAACUCUCCUCUGUACUUAUCUGGAUAUGUUACAAUGUUAUACGUUUGAUUUGAUAUAAUUAUGGAUUGUUUUACGGUACUUCCUUGAUAAAGUUAUAUUUCCAUUCCCAGAACUGCUAGACACUUAACUCUGAUGUAAAUAGUGAUGGCACUCCCAGUACUGCUAAACACUCAACUCUGAUGUAAACAGUCACGCCACUCCCAUUACUGCUAAACACUGAACUCUGAUGUAAACAGUCACGCCACUCCCAGUACUGCUAAACAGUAAACUCUGAUGUAAACAGUAACGGCACUCCCAGUGCUGCUAAACAAUAAACCCUGAUGUAAACAGUAAUGAUACUCUCAGUACUGCUAAACACUCAACCCUGAUGUAAACAGUAAUGACACUCUCAGUACUGCUAAACACUCAAAUCUGAUGUAAACAGUCACGCCACUCCCAGUACUGCUAAACACACAACUCUGAUGUAAACAGUCAUGCCACUCCAAGUACUGCUAAACACUCAACUCUGAUGUAAACAGUCACGCCACUCCCAGUACUGCUAAACACACAACUCUGAUGUAAACAGUCAUGUCACUUCAAGUACUGCUAAACACUCAACUUUGAUGUAAAUAGUAAUGGCACUCUCAGUACUGCUAAACACUCAACUCUGAUGUAAACAGUAAUGACACUCUUAGUACUGCUAAACACUUAACUCUGAUGUAAACAGUCAAGUCACUUCAAAUACUGCUAAACACUCAACUCUGAUGUAACAGUCAAGUCACUUCAAGUACUGCUAAACACUCAACUUUGAUGUAAAUAGUGAUGGCACUCCCAGUACUGCUAAACACUCAACACUGUUGUAAACAGUCAUGACACUCCCAGUACUGCUAAACACUUGACUCUGAGGUAAACAGUAAUGACACUCCCAGUACUACUAAACACUUAACUCUGAUGUCAACAGUAAUUACACUCCCAGUCCUGCUAAACACUCAACUCUGAUGUAAAGAGUAAUGACAUUCUCAGUACUGCUAAACACUUAACUCUGAUGUAAACAGUCAAGUCACUUCAAGUACUGCUAAACACUCAACUUUGAUGUAAACAGUAAUGACACUCCCAGUACUGCUAAACACUCAACUCUGAUGUAAACAGUAAUGACACUCCAAGUACUGCUAAACACUCAACUCUGAUGUAAAUAGUCAUGACACUCCCAGUACUGCUAAACACUCAACCCUGAUGUAAAACAGUCAUCACUCUCCCAGUACUGCUAAACACUCAACUCUGAUGUAAACAGUAAUGACACCCCCAGUGCUACUAAACACUCAACUCUGAUGUAAACAGUCAUGACACUCCCAGUACUGCUAAACACUUAACUUUGAUGUAAACAAUAAUGGCACUCCGAGUACUGCUAAUUACUCAACACUGAUGUAAACAGUAAUGACACUCCCAGUACUGCUAAACACUCAACCCUGAUGUAAACAGUAAUGACAAUAUCAGUACUGCUAAACACUCAACCUUGAAUAAAACAGUCAUGACACUCUCAGUAUUGCUAAACACUUGACUCUGAUGUAAACAGUAAUGACACUCCCAGUACUGCUAAACACCCAACUCUGAUGUAAACAGUCAUGACACUCCCAGUACUGCUAAACUCUCAACUUUGAUGUAAACAGUAAUGGCACUCCCAGUACUGCUAAACUCUCAACUCUGAUGUCAACAGUAAUGACACUCCCAGUACUGCUAAACUCCCAACUCUGAUGUAAACAGUCAUGACACUCCCAGUACUGCUAAACACUCAACUUUGAUGUAAACAGUCAUGUCACUCCAAGUACUGCUAAACACUUAACUCUGAUGUAAACAGUCAUGUCACUCCCAAUCCUGCUAAACACUCAACUCUGAUGUAAACAGUAAUGGCACUCCCAGUGCUGCUAAACACUCAACUCUGAUGUAAACUGUCAUUACACUCCCAGCACUGCUAAACACUCAACUCUGAUGUAAAUAGUAAUUACACUCCCAGUACUGCUAAACACUCAACUCUGAUGUAAAAAGUAAUGGCACUCCCAGUACUGCUAAACACUUAACUCUGAUGUAAACUGUCAAGUCACUUCAAGUACUGCUAAACACUCAACGCUGAUGUAAACAGUAAUGACCCUCCCAGUGCUAC